UUGUCUUGCAUCUCACUUUCUUCUUCCAUCCUCUUUUUACGUAGGAGCUCCCUUCUGAAAUGCCACAAAGCGCGUGUGAGUAUGUAAACGUAGAGUGUUACAGGAGUUGGUAGAGGUCGGUAGUGGGGGAAGAAAGAACGAAGGAGGGACGUGAAAUGUGUGGAAUACAUUCUAUCGGGAGCAGCGUGUCCCCCUCGUCGCCAUCACAGCCGUACGGGGCACCAGUGCACAUAGCAAACCAAGAUUGCCAAGAUGGAUGCCCGGGCUCGACCGUCGAGAAGUAUGGAUUUUACCGCGUGAUUCGUAUGCGCGCUCUUUCUCUUCCACCCACUGGACAAUGGGAGAAACAUAAGGACGCGAGGAUACGAGUGUUCCAAUGUCUGGCGAUAGAAUAUUUAACAAAUUCGAAUUCGCGAAUUUUCGCGAUGCGAUAACAAAUCACAUUCUCUUUACCAAGUGAUGAGUAAAAUAUCUGAUAUUGAGAAACGUGUUAGAGGACAUUUACAAUGGUGGAUAACAAUUGUAUCAUCGAGGGAAACGUCAAGUUUCGCGAUGGGAAGAAGUGGAAGUCACGAUGGUGCGUAAUGAGAAAAUUAUCACCAGUAGCAGAUUGCUUGCAUUUACAACUUUAUGGAGAUAGCAAAGAUCGUUAUAAACAAGGACAGACAAAGGCAUCUUUAAGUUUACAACAUUUUCUUGGAGUAGAAAGUGGUUUUACUCUUGAUAAAGAAUCAAACACAAUUGCUAUUAUUUGUCAAGAUGUAACUGUUGUACUUGCUUUUGAUACGCGAGAACGAUUAAUACAGUGGCAAGUAAAGAUAUCAAAUAACUUAGGAGAAGAUCAACAAUUUUUAAUAUUGAUAUCCACUGCACCGUCAAAGGCAAAACUUACAAAUGGACCAGCACAUUUACAUAUACAGGAUCGUCGAUUUUGUAUUACGGUUGGUAUUCCACCGAGGUUAGUUGGAAUAUGGGAAAUCGCUCAUUUACGACGUUACGGUGUCGUCGAAGGAAGAUUUUGCUUUGAAGGUGGUUCAAGAUGUGGCCGUGGCGAAGGUCUUCAUGUUUUAAUAACGGAUCAAGGUGAAGAUAUCGUUAAAACAUUACAUUUGGCUGCAGAGGGAAAAUUAUCUACAAAGAAGAGACCGCUUGGCCGUGAAUCCUCAAUACAAGAUAGUCCACGGCGACAAUUUAGUAGAUCUGAGACUAGAGCAAGCGAUUUUUUUCCCUCCGCUGUAUAUUCUUCGACAAUAUCAUACGAAGACCAUUGUGACAGUUGCAAGAAUGGCAGCUCGUCUUAUUGGUCAUCUGCCGAAAGUAGACAACAGACCGACGGUGAAGGUGAUUACAGUUGCAGAGACACAGUUUCUGUAUCGGAAUUGACUGAUCAACCCAGCGAAUGGCGUACCUGUUCGCUUACUCGUCAAGGUACAACUGGUCUCGAGAGAUGCGCCAGUUGUAUCAGCAAGUUAGGAACUGUAUCAAAAUCCUCUACAUUAAUAACGGGUACCGGUACAAGUAGUAUAGGUAGUCCAGCUGGUGCAGUCACCAGUCUGACGUGUCAUCUUCAACCACGAGCUUUCGAUCGACUCUCCUUAUCAUCUUAUAGCAGCAGUAGUCACGACAGUGAUUAUUCUGGAUCUCAACAAGUUGAUUGUCACUGUUCUCAAUCUAAAAGUUCACAGGUUCGUCGUUCGUCGCUCAGUCCAAAUGUUUUACCACCAAGACCACCAAAACCGUCCCAAUGCACUGCCAUGAAAAAGUCCAAGAAACCGCCGAUGCCAUUACCGAACGAACAAAUUACCACUAAUGUGCACAUUCAGAAAAGUAACGUGCAAAGUAACGUACGUAAUAGCAAUGUUGGACCUUACGAGAAUUAUGAUGUUCCAAAGGCUAUUAUAGGUCAUCACAUGUUAUUAGAACAAGCAUUGCAGACGGAUCAAUAUUAUGAUACUCCAAGGAAAAUAAGGGAAUGUUUAACGAUGCCAAAAACUUAUCCUAAUUAUGAUACGCCUCAAGCUCCGCAAGCUGUUGUUUUGCAACAAUGCGGUUGUCCUGCGAAACUUAACGUUCAAUCGCCUAGAUCAUCGUCAGCCUGCCCAUGCCACAAUGUCAUGAGCUGGGCUGGAUUCGUUUUACCGUAUUGCCGACGUGGAGCAGGAAUUGAACCUAUGGGUGUAACUGUACAUCCUGUAAAAUUAUCGGGUGAAGGAAAAAUGCCUGUCGUUAAUGCCAGUGGCGAUGUUUCUAUUUACGCUACUGCAAAAAGACCGAAUAAAGGACAAGCUGAUGAAGAAAAAUCUGAUGAAAAUUGUGAAUGUGUAACAAGCAGUAAAUCGACUAAUUAUGAAAAUAUUGAAUCUGUUAUUGAUACGCAAUCUGAAUCUAAGCAAACCAAUUAUGCCAAUAUAGAUUUCACUCAAUCGUUAGAACACUACGAAAAUAGUAAAGAUAUUCUAACAAAAAGUGGUAUUUCACAAGAAGAACUAGAAAAGUUCGCUGAUCAAUUGAAAGAUACAAAAAUGAAAGCGUCGUCCAGCGAAGAAGGUUCCUUUAAAAUUUGUCAGAAAUGUGGUCACAUAAAAGAAAGAGAUAAUGAUUAUUUAGUGAUGGAUCCGGAUAAAGAAAUACCAAAAAAACCAUUCACUGGUUAUCUACCGAUGCAACCGGCUCACAAUGCUUGUUCCAAAGAAGUAUUGUCCAGAAUUUACAAUGGUAUGAAAAGUUCAAGCAAUCCAACUUUGUCAGGCUCUUUAUCAACGGAUGGAAGUAAAAAACGUUCCGAUUCAGAAUAUCGUGUACCAGGAUCAGCGAUGUUAUCUAGUCCAUAUCUUCGACGUCGUCUUUUAGAUGGUAGCAAUAGCGUGGAAUCAACUGGAACUAUUGGUAUUUUGUUAAGAAAACGAUCUUAUUCGGCCGAAUCGGCUCAUUAUUUAGACGACGAAACUCAUACAUUCCCGUCCACUCUCACCAUACAUAAAUGCUCUAGUGAAGCCGAUAAAGCUUCCCUGAUAAGCAAUGAGCCACAUACAUCUUGCAUGAACUCAGAAAUGAAAAUAAGUCAAGAGAACGGACAGAUAUCGGCCGCUUCAUCUCAACCGUCGUUCAUAAAAAUUCGUCGUUCAUCAUCCGUACCAUCGAAAACUGGUCACAACAGGGAUUCCUCCAGCAGCAAUGACUCGGGAGUAUCCACUGGUUCUCUCAGUCAUAGAACGACUGAAUUUGUUGAAUUCGAAACAUCGUCUGUAACAUUGACAAAGAAACAAAACGCUUUGUCGAUAUGCCGAAAAAGUCCACCGUCUACAUGCUAUCACAAUAGUUUACCGAGAAAAUCGAAAUCUAGCGAUCCCUUACGGGAAUUAUCAUUCCAAUUUCAAAAGACUAAGAUACCCACAAAAUCAUCCUCUGCGGAAGCCGAUAUACCUACGUGUUUGCCGAAAAGUACAAAAGGGUUUAAUAGCCCUGGUGAAAUAUCGAGUAAUGCACCUUACAUUGAUUCCAGAAGUACAAGCAGUGGUACCUCCGAUAUGUCUGAUUAUAUCGAGACACUUUCCUUAUCUUCUCAUUCGUCAUCUGAUACACCAGAUAGUUUAAGGUUGGGAGGCAGAGCUUUAACUACUACGCUACGACCUCGUAGUGGUAAAGAAUAUUAUAAAAUCGAUCGAAAUAUCUUGGUGGAACAAGGUCGAACGUCAUCUGCCAAUUAUGCAAAUAUUACUCCUGUUCUUGAAAAAAGUGAAUCUCCUUCACCCGGUUAUAUAAGCAGCUCACCCUUUGAGCAACCUCAACCUAUUCGUGAACACUUUCUUUUUCCUGAAGAAGUUUAAAUAACGUAACGUCCAUAGCAUCGUUGUUUUUGGGAAGAAAGUGGAAAACUUGAAGUUCCUAGGAAUCCAAAACCCAUAGGAGUAUUUGCGUUAGAAGGUAAUUCGAGUUAUUGCCAUUAUUUACACUAUAUGCAAUGAUCUUGUAUUUGCACAUAUAUUUCUUAAAAAGCCUUUAUGCAUGUUUGGUAUGUAUACUGUUAACAAAAGAAAUAAUAAUCUCAAAAAAAUUCAACAAAAUUACAUCAUUGCAAGAUCAAAAAAUUAUGUUCAUAAUGAAAAUUAAUUUUUCCUUGUUUUAUAUAUUUUUAUAUCAUCUUUUUAAUUAAUUGAAUCGAAUUCAUCAAAUGGUAUAACGGUAUAUAUGUAGAAAUUAAAGGAAUUUAAAAUCCUAGCGUAUAGUAGAAAUGUGGUCAAUGAUACGGUACUUCCUACAACGAUUUAAACAAUUUCUAAAAUUUACUCAAUGAAAACUGUAAUAGUUUGUAUAGAGUAAGAAUCCUGCCCUAGGAUAAAAAAAUACUAUGCAUUGUAUACUUUAUAUGAGUAUAUCAUUUUUUGAAUACAUUUUAUUUUAUAUGAGUAUACUUCUAUAUAGGGUAAUUGUAAUAGUGAAAAUUGAAGAAUGUACUUAAGGGCUCCUUAUUUAGACUGAUUACCAUAACACUGUACAUCAGCAUCUGUGCAACCAAAUAAUGCAAUGAAGAUAGUCAGUUGCAUAUAACGUUCACACACAGGGUUAAUAUAAUUAAAUUAUUUUCUAAAAAAAAAAUAAGGUGAAAAUAGUUUUAAUAGUCUUCUUCCUCUUUGAAGAAAUUUAUAUGAAGGUUACUGUAGGUCUUUGGGCAAUCAAAUGGCACUAUAUAUAAACUAGAAGAAGACGUUGGAAUAAAUCUUAAACUAUGCAAAUUUUUAGCAUAUGAAUUCAUAAAUAUCUCGAAUUUAUAAAUCAAUAGUCUAUUUUCGUUAUUUUUCGUUGAUUUUCUGAAUCUUAUGCAACGAAAUAGCUGGUGCGAUUACAAUAUAAUUUACAAAAGUACUAUAAGUUAUAAAUGUACUUAAAAAAUCGUGUAUUCGCGUUUAGUUAUAUAUUAAUAAUUGUAUAAUUAUAUUUUCUAAGAAGAAGAAUGGAUGAAUGAAGUAAGUUUUUACCAAAAAUAUUUAUUUUUAUUUUAGUGAUGCAAGAUCUUUUGAAAAAGAGAAAUAUUUAUUAGUAAAAUAAGUGAUACUAGUUGAAUAUAUUCUGAAACAUAAAUAUUGCCAAAGUUAUGUGCCCUAUUUCACACUUCUUUUAAUAAUGGAAAUGAAGAAUAUAUGUUACAACCUGUGUAAAAUACUUCACUUCCUUUUUUCCAUUAAAGGAGUAAACAGAGUAAAAUCUUGCACUAAAUUAAUUAAUACAUUGGGAAGAUUGAUGUAAUAGGUGAUAUUUAAUGCAAUAAUAACUACAAUAGAAGUAUAUACUAUAAAAUCAGUAUAAGUUGUUUUGCACUAAAAUAUUAAUAUAAGAUAUUCUAUUAUAUAAAUAUAUAUAUAUACAUAAAACAUACACAUAGAAAGAGGGAAGAGGAGGAGUGGGAGAGAGAGAGAGAGAGAGAGAGAGAGAGAGAGAGAGAGAGAGAGAGAGAGAGAGAGAGAGAGAGAGAGAGAGAUGUACAUAUACAUAUACUUUUUGCUCCAUGGGCAGAUGAAAUAAGUAUUCAAAGUCAAAAUUAAUAUUAGGCCAUUUAACAGAUGUACAUUUUAGAAUACUGCCAUAGUAUCAUAAAUAUUCUUCAAUAGUGAAACACACAGUUCUACAUGUUAUUAA